AUGAACGACUCGAAGUCGUCCAACAACGUCGAGUUACAGGAAACUCUACAGCGUCUGCAGCGUGAGAAGGGUGAGGCAGAUGGUAUGCUGCGCAUUCUUACGUCUAAACUCCAUGAGGUAGAGGAAGACAAUUUUGAUUUACGGUUCAGUAUGUCGCUAUUUGAGACUGAAACCAAGUAUGAGAGCGAAAAGAAAGUGAGUGAGAUGCAGAAGCGGCUUGCAGCUCUCGAAUCAAAUCUUGCGUUUAUGUCUGAAAAGCUGCAAAAUGCUGAACGUGGCAAACUGCGAGCGAUCAAGGAGAUGGAACAGCUCCAGCAAAAGCAUAAUAUCGAGGCUAAACGCCGCGACGCUGAGCACAGACUUAUGGCCACUCGACGUCGUAAGCAUGAGAGUUUGCAAAUUGCCAGUCAAGCCAAUCGAGUAUCUCAGAAUCAAUCUCAAUUUCCACAACCAGGAACGAAGUCAUCGCCAGUGCUAGCAGUGGAAGCCAGUGUACAGACCGAAUCGAGACUUGGAGUCGAAAAUUGCAAGGAUGGCAAUUUAGGUUUAAGGGAAGAGAACGCACGAUUGUUAUCGCAAUUACUGACAGGAACUUCAAGGAGUUUACUCACGCUGCUGAACGGCGCAUCAACCAAAAACAAUGGUAUUUCUGAGGUUAAUUCGGAUGACCAAACACAGCUACCACAUGAACACCACAGUAUAUCGCCGUCACAAUUUCACAAUGAUUCCUCAAGUCACUCGCUUGACGACUCGUUGCAGCAAUCAGUAUAUGACGAUUCGUUUUCACAAAAUGUAUUUUCACAAUUUGCGGGUAAAGCAACCGCUCAAGCUCAAGCAUCGAUGUUAAGUGCUGCAAUGAAAAGUAAUGCAACGCAAAAUGCGUUGGCGAUAGAUCAAGCACAAGCGCUGUACGAUGUCAUGGGUAAAAUGCUAGCAGGAGAUGUCUCGGCUAUCGCACUUGUCCCAGUGUUUAUAAACUAUCUCACAGCUGCAACACCUCUGUCGGCAGUUUGCAGUGUGCUGCAUGUGAUGUACUCACUGAUGCAUAAUAGCAACAGAGAUUAUUUGUCAGCUCGAAUAGACAAUGAAACGGUGUUAAGCAGCAAUUUGCUACAGCUUUCUACAUCAGAGGCAGCAUCGGAACAGAGGCAGCUUCGUUUGACGCUCAUGACUGCACUUUGUGAAGCCGUUAAAAACAAUCUUAAUGAGCCUACUGUUGUGCAGGCUGGACUGUGUGUACUCUGUUACUGGAUUGAUUUAGGGCUUGCGCACCGAACUCCAGAAUUUAAGCAUUUGCUGUCAAGUAAUUUGAUUUCUUCGAUAUUGAUGGUACCACAAAAUCUUUAUACACACAAAGCGCAAGCAAUUCGAUUGUUUUUCCAGUUACUUCGCGAUCCAGAAAGCUUCGUUGAGGUUAAGAACGAGGCUAAGAAAUCGCUACUAUUUUAUCGGUGCGCCAAGAUGUUGGUGCAUUCAAAAAAUAAUAUCUUGGGAGAUGAAGCCAAGAGUUUGCGAGUACUUCAACACCAGAUCGUACAACUGCUGCUUCUUAUCGUCACAUCGUUUCCAGCGGAGGGAAUUCGUUUCGUGCUUGAAAGCACUCAUGGUCCUCCUGCCGAUGGAUCUAAAAACCAGUCCAUUAUAUAUUGUUUAGUGCAAUUACUUGAUCGCGAGACAUUCGUUGCGCGAUCUACAAGCGCAACGCAAGAGCUAUUAAGUGACCAAAAGCGUAUGAUUUUGAUCCGGGAUUCGUUCGCAUUACUGGGACUUCUUUCCCACUAUGUGGAUGUACGAAGAGAGUUGGGAGGUGACGACCAGGUGCAUAUCUUCCUAUCAAUUUUAUAUUUCCUGAGCACUUUCAACAGCGACAAUGGAGACAACGAUAAUCGAAGCGACUCGAUUGUGGCGACAGCUCGUGCCCUAAUAACAAUGGUGAACUUUUCGACUCAGUAA